AUGACUUUAAGACAAUUGAAGCUGCAACAAACAAGUUUUCAAGGAGUAACAAGCUUGGUGAAGGUGGAUUUGGCGAGGUUUACAAGGCAAAGUCUAGAUUGGACUCAGCGGUACAAAAUUAUUGGAGGCAUUGCUAGAGGGAUUCUUUAUCUUCAUCAAGAUUCACAGCUAACAAUUAUACACCGUGAUCUCAAAGCCAGCAACAUUCUUUUAGAUGCCAAUAUGAACCCAAAGAUUUCAGAUUUUGGAUUGUCGACGAUCUUUGGAAUGGAACAAACUCGAGGCAAUACCAGCAGAAUUGCUGGAACUCAUGGUUACAUGUCUCCUGAGUAUGCAAUGCAUGGUCAAUACUCCAUGAAAUCUGAUAUUUACAGCUUUGGAGUCUUAGUUCUCGAGAUUAUAAGCGGCAAGAAAAACAGCUGCGUUUACCAGAUGGAUGAAACUAGUACUCAUGGCAACUUGGUCACUUAUGCCUGGAGGCUGUGGAAAAAUGGGUCACCUCUAGAGCUGGUGGAUCUGGCCAUUGGAAGAAAUUAUCAGAGUAAUGAAGUCACUAGAUGUAUCCAUAUCGCGCUCUUAUGUGUUCAGGAAAAUCCAGAAGACCGUCCAAUGUUAUCAACUAUCAUCUUGAUGCUCACUAGUAACACAAUCACUUUACCAGUGCCUCGGCUACCAACUUUCAUCCCUCAGAGCAGGCACGAACUGGAGCAGCUAUCUGAGGGACUAGAAUCAAGUAGAUUACUAGAAUCAAGUCAAUCUACUGGAAGAUCUAUUACACAAACAUGUAUGGAUGAUAAUGGACAUUUCAGGCCCAACAGUACUUACGACACAAACCGCCGUCUCAUCCUCUCUUUACUUCCUUCCAACGUCACAAGCAAAGAGGGGCUCUUCUUCAACGGUUCCAUCGGACAAGAACCCAACCGUGUCUAUGCAGUAGGGAUGUGCAUCCCUGGAUCAACUUCAGAUGACUGUUCUGAUUGUAUCAAGACCGCGUCUGAUGAUUUAAUACAGAAUUGUCCUAACCAAACAAACGCAUUUACUUGGCCUGGUGACCCCACGCUCUGCUAUGUGCGCUACUCCAACACUUCUUUCUUAGGAUCUGCGAAUCUGUACCUGCCUGCAGUGGUCUAUAACACAGGAGACAUCACCUCAAAUCUAACAGAGUUCACGACAAUAUGGGAAAACCUAGUUGUCCGUAUGAUUGAUGCAGCCUCCUUAGCAAAAAGCACACCAUCCUCUAGUAAUAACCAUUACAAGGCUGAUGUUGCAUCGGUGACAUCUCUCCAGAACAUAUACGCUUUGAUGCAAUGCACGCCAGAUCUUUCCUCUGGUGAUUGUGAUAACUGUCUGCGACAGAGCGCAAGGGACUACAAGUCAUGCUGCGGUCAGAAGCAAGGAGGCGUUGUUAUGCGACCAAGCUGCUUUUUCAGGUGGGAUAUCAAAGGAAUUUCAUCUGGAGUUGUUGCGGCGAUCACCAUUCCAACUGCCAUUACCGUCUUUAUACUGCUUGUUCUAGGAGUAUUUCUUUGUCGGAGGAGAAAGUCAAUGCAAAGAACUGAAGUUGAAUCUAAUAGUGAUAUUUCAACUACACAUUCAUCACAAUAUGACUUUAAGACAAUUGAAGCUGCAACAAACAAGUUUUCAUGGCGUAAUAAGCUCGGUGAAGGUGGAUUUGGUGAGGUUUACAAGGGUACACUUUCAAAUGGAACUGAAGUGGCUGUGAAGCGAUUAUCGAAAAAGUCAGGACAAGGGAUAAGAGAGUUCAAGAACGAGGCUGUUCUUGUCUCAAAACUUCAGCACAGGAAUUUGGUUAGGCUUCUUGGAUUCUGUUUGGAAGGAGAUGAAAAGAUUCUGAUCUAUGAGUUUGUCCCUAACAAAAGCCUUAACCAUUUCCUAUUUCACCCUGAGAAGCAAAGCCAAUUAGACUGGACUAAGCGAUACAAGAUCAUUGGAGGGAUCGCUAGAGGAAUUCUUUAUCUUCAUCAAGAUUCACUACUCACAAUAAUACACCGUGACCUCAAAGCCAGCAACAUUCUUUUAGACGCCAAUAUGAAUGCAAAGAUUUCAGAUUUUGGAUUGUCGACAAUCUUUAGAAUGGAGCAAACUCGAGGAAAUACCAACAGAAUAGCUGGAACAUAUGGUUACAUGUCUCCGGAGUAUGCAAUGCAUGGUCAAUACUCCAUGAAAUCUGACAUUUAUAGCUUUGGCGUCUUAGUUCUUGAGAUUAUAAGCGGCAAGAAAAACAGUGGCGGUUACCUGAUUGAUGAAACGAGUACUUACGGCAACUUGGUCACUUAUGCUUGGAGUCUUUGGAGAAAUGAGUCACCACUAGAGCUGGUGGAUCCGGCCAUUGAAAGAAAUUAUCAGAGUAAUGAAAUAACUAGAUGCAUCCAUAUCGCGCUCUUAUGCGUACAAGACAAUCCAGAAGACCGUCCAAUGUUAUCAACUAUCAUCUUGAUGCUAACUAGUGACACGAUCACUUUACCAGUGCCUCGCCUACCAAGUUUCAUCCCUCGGAGAGGGAACGAGCUGGACUCUGAGGGACUAGAAUCAAGUCAAUCUACAGGAAGAUCUGUUGGUUAUUCUGUUAAUGACGUGUCAAUAACUGAUUUAGAGGCUCGUUAAACAUGGAAAUAUUUUCUAUAUGUACAUAUAUAUGUGUGAUGCUUGCAUAAUCUUAUUUCAUGUAUUCUCUCUGUCUUCGCUCAACUCAGUUUAGAAAUACUUAGCAAUGCAAAAGAAAACAAAGAGUAAUACAUUUUCUGC